CUAUAUUAUAUAAUAAUAAUGAUAAUAAUAAUAAUAAUAAUAAUAAUAAUAAUAAUAAUAAUAGUAAAUGAUACAUGAUAAUCUAUGUACAGGAGUCAGUUGGACUAGCUAGACCAGUCUAUUAACUCCAUUAAUCAUGGUAUAAACCUGGUAUUUAAUUUAAUUGUUUGUAUUAUUCUAUAAUUAUUCUUCACUGGCAUCCCAUUUAAUUGUUAAAUGGUUGAAACUUUUUAAGCACCAAUGUAGACUACAAUGCACAUUACAUACCAGUAAUAUUUUGUUGUCUCAGUCUUUGUGAUAACUUUACUUAACAUUAACGCUUAACUUUUGAACUAUUUUAGACUAUCCACAUGCAAGCAAGUGGAAACCAGUGAACCAUGGCUCGUUAAAACAGUACAGAGAGACCACCUCCUCACAAAAUGAUGAAGAGCCAGGUUUUGCAGGGCACGGGCAGUCACCACAAGAUACUGUUGGGCCCAUCCCAAAGGUGUUCUACUGUGAAACAGUUGAAUAUUCACCUUAAUUCCAAGCAUCAGCAAAAUGCCAGAACGAAUCUGAAGAACUUCACCUCAUUUGAUGAAUUCCUUGAAUGGAAGAAAAAUCAGGAGAAGUCGACUAAUGCCUGGUUCAUUCAGCGCAGUGGGCCAAAUGAAUCAAAAGAGAGCACUAAAUUAUACUAUUACUGUAAUAGGUCAGGUGUGUUCAAGAGCAAAGGUCAAGACAAAAGAAGUCUGAAAUCACAAGGAUCCUCUAGAAUUGGAUGUUGUUGUGCUGCAUUUAUUGUAGCAACUAUAUCCAAGUCCACAUCACAUGUGUCUGUUGAAUACUGUUUCUGUCAUACAGGCCAUUCCAUGACAAUGGCUCAUUUGCGGAUAUCGAACGAGUCAAAGUUAGAGAUUGCUGACAAAUUAUCUAAAGGUGUAGCAGUUGAAAAAAUCCUGGAUGAUAUAAGAGACAAUGUAACAAGUAUAUGCAGAGACACACUGACUACCAAGAGAGAUAUUCUCAAUAUAAAGCAUCAGUAUUAUGUUGAUGGUGUGGAACAGCAUUCGAAUGAUAGAACUAGUGUAGGUGUUCUGGUAGAAGAGUUCAGUAAAGAGGCUUACAACCCCAUCAUUUACUUCAAACAAGGGGUGAAAAACAACAGACAUUCAGAGCAGGAUGUGCUUAUAGGAAUUCAAACAGAGUUUCAGAGAGAUCUGAUGCGCCGAUACGGCACACAUGCAAUAACAAUGGACAGUACUUCUAAAACUAACCAGUCUGACUUUUAUCUCACCACUCUCCUGGUUCUAGAUGAGUAUGGUGAAGGUCAGCCAGUUGGAUUUCUCAUAUCAAACAAAGAGGAUGCUGAAUCCUUAGUUCCUUUCCUCGAAGCAGUGAGAGAGAAUGUUGGGGAGUUUCAGGCUGAGCACUUUAUGAGCGACCUUGCUGGUGCGUCAUACGAUGCUUGGACCCAAGUUUUCCCCAAGCCAACUCAUAGAUGGUAUUGUAGUUGGCAUGUAGAUAGACAGUGGCGGCGGAAAUUAAAGGAACUUAUAAAAGAUUCAAAGGUACAGGCUGAAACUUACACUUACCUCCAGCUUUUACAAUAUGAAAAGAAAGAGGGUGAUUUCAGAAAAAAACUGCAGGAAUUUCUAUCUUGGGUGUCAGAGAAUGCAAAGCCAUUCCAUAAGUAUUUCACGAGUACAUAUGUUGACAAUGAAAAAAUCAAACUAUGGGCUUUGUGUUUUAGGAUGGGACUGAUCGCUCCAAAUACUAAUAUGAAUGUGGACUCCUUCCACAGACUACUUCAGGAUUUCUGUGUAGGUAGGAAGCAAAAUAAAAGACUUGAUCAUUUGAUAUCUGUUUUGCUGAAGACAGCCAGAGAUCUUGUGUUUGAACAUCUGAUCAAAUCAGAAAAAGGCAAAUGCACACACCGUCACACUGAAACUAUGAAAAGGCAUAGAAGUGGACAGACAAUAACAGACAUUGAUAUGCAGGAUGUAGAUUUAUGGAAAGUGAAGUCUACUGAAGAUGAAAACCUUUGGUAUGAAGUUAGGCGUGUUAAUGACGACUGCACCUGUAAGGUUCUGUGUACGAAGUGCAACGUAUGUUUUCAUAAAUAUACCUGCACAUGUGCCGACUAUCUUCUGCACAACUACAUGUGCAAACACUGCCAUGCUGUCCACAUGUCCCAAAUGACUCCAGUGUUCAGUAAUACUGAAAGUGUUGCUGAAAGUGAACCUGUUAAUAUUGAAUGUUAUGAACGUGUAAUGAGAUGUGACGGAGAUGCAGAUGAAAACCUUGGAGGGGUGAGGUCUGAGGUUCUGAAAAUCAUUUCCAGUAUCACAGAUUUAACAAAACAGGCAUCAUCUGUUGAAGUUUUGAAUGGAAUGAAAAAAUAUCUGAAUGCUGCAUUGGCAGUUGGAAGUGGUCAUGGUACCAAAUGAAAGCCUAUGUGGGACUUCCUUUCCUUAGUCAAUAGUAAUUAUAUCAAUACCUACGACUGUUUUCAAGUUGUAGCACUUUGAAAUUUGUCCCAUUAUAAACCAAUGGGGAUUUUCAAAAUGAGUAUGAAUAGUGUUUUGGUUGCAGAUAGAAAAACAAACUUUACAAGAAUAUACAUAUACGGAGAGUUUGUUGAGAUUAAAUAUACAUGUACUGUCACUUGUAUUUGAGAGUUUGAUCAAAUUAAAUAUGUUGAAAAAGAACUUGGUUUGACUUUUGUUUGUGUCAGCUGUAUGUUGACUGUGUAAUCUGUUAAUGUGCAUGCGAGUACAAUAC